AUGUGUUAUGGGCGGUUCAUAAGUGGGUUCGUGUGGGCUAUGGCACUGUUCACAACUGCGGAAUGGAAGGGUUGUUAUGGCUGUUGGGAACAAGAAAGAAUCAGUCUCCUCCAUCUCAAGUACUCGCUCAAUAAUCCGCCUUAUAUGAGCAGUUGGAGCGGAGAGCGAACAAACAGCUCCGACGACGAGUGUUGCUACUGGGAUGGAGUUAGUUGCAAUCCCGCCACAGGGAAAGUGGCCGAGCUCGAUCUUGGUUACCAAGACGAGUCUGAUUUCAACUCACCAGCAAAACCGGAUCUCAAUGCUUCUCUGUUUCUGCCUUUCCAAGACUUGACUCUGCUUUCUCUACGAGGCUAUCAUAUCCAAGGAUGGCCCAGUUUUGGGUCUCUGGAAAUUUUGGCGAUAUGGAGCUCGACCAUGGACGACAACUUCCUUGAUGCGGUUGGCAUCACGAUGAUGGGUCUUGCUAGCUUGGAGAUUUGGAAUUCGCCUCUUGGAUCGGGUACUUUCCCGCAAGUAUGUAACUUAACUCGUCUUCAAAACUUGUAUCUCCUGGAGAUGAAUCUGACGGGUGAACUGCCGCAGUGUCUAUCAAAUAUGACUUCGCUACGAGUUAUUGACGUCGCUGGCAAUGAACUAUCGGGAGAUAUAGCUGAAUCCCCGCUGACGGCUAUCUCAUCUCUGGAACAGAUUAUGAUUCCCAAAAACCGGUUCCGAAUACCGCUCUCCUUGGCCCCAUUUUUCAACCAUUCUCGUCUCAAAACGUUUUUCGGGGCCGGAAACAAGGAGCUCUAUGGAGACAAGAAUGACCAUUAUGAGACGAACCAACGAGAUACUCCUCCGCUAUUCCUUUUGAACUACCUGACUUUGUCUUCGGGGAGCGAUGAUCAUCAUGAUGGCUACUUCGGUUCAUUCCCAAAGUUUCUCUACUAUCAAACCAACUUGCAGGGAGUUUAUUUGUCGAGAAAUAAAUUGGGAGGAAGCUUAUCUGGAGGAUCAGAUAAUCAUGGGAUUUCCAGUGUCAAGAAAGAAUACACGAACUAUGACUUGCAGGUGUUGGAUCUCGGCCACAAUCGGUUCACGGGGCCCAUUCCACCAACAUUUUCAGGCCUAAUAUCGAUUGAGACUUUGGAUAUUUCUCAUAAUAAUUUGAGUGGGGUGAUUCCUACCCAACUCAUGGAGUUGAAUUAUCUAUCCUCUUUUAGUGUGGCUUACAACAAUUUAUCUGGGAAAUGUCCUAAGAGGGUUGGACAGCUCAGUACAUUCGAUGAAGAUAGCUACAGGGGGAAUCCUCAUCUCAUGAACUGCACUUUACUACAGUCGACACCAAAACCGUAUGUAACGCAGACGCCCACUGAUGACAAUGAUGGCGAAUAUGGUGGCUACAUUGACAUGGAGAGCUUCUACACAAGCAGUGGAGUGUCUUUUGUCUUGGUGUUGCUGACAAUUGCGAGUGUUCUCUAUAUUAAUCCAUACUGGCGACAAGUGUGGUUUUAUUAUGUUAGAGUCACCAUAACUACUUGUUAUUAUUUUGUGGUGGAUCAUCUUCCAGUAUCGACCAGGUACAAGGUGUGGGAACCUCAUGUAUAG